ACCGCGUCUCUCCCGUAGAAAACCCCGCGAUUAAGGAACGAAACCUUCUCCGCCACCGCCGCGGACAUCACCGCCGGCGACCACCUCACCUCGCCGCCGCCCCCGCACCCUCCGAUCCUCCUCCCCUGAUCGCCUAUGGCUUCGGCGAGGGCCACUGACCCGCUCGCCUCGCGCGAUCCCCCAACCUUGCCCUCGUACCUUCCUCCGCCUCCUCCUCCUCCCUUGCCCUCGCCAUCGCCCCACCACCGUCUCCUCCCCGCUCCCAUGGCCCCGAUCCUCCUGCACCUCCACCCCGCCUUCCUCGCCCAAAUGGACUCCCGCCGGACCACCUCCCUCCUCCAGUUUUUGAAGGACGAGGGGGGCAUCCCGUCGCCGGAGGCGGACAAGAAGAGGGAGCAGGUCAUCCGCAAGCUCAACAAGAUUGUGAUGGACUGGGCCAAGGUGGUGGCGUACGAGCAGAGGGUGCCCCCAAGGCGAGCAACCGCUACCGUUUUGACCUAUGGAUCAUACACGUUAGGGGCUCAUGGACCUGAAUCUGACAUUGAUGCACUAUGUGUUGGUCCUUGUAUUGCAACACUGCAGUACCAUUUUUUCAUUGUUCUGAGGCAAAUUCUUGAAGACAGGCCAGAAGUAUCAGAACUGCAGACUGUCGAAAGUGCUAAGGUUCCAUUGAUGCGAUUUAGAUUCAGCGGUAUUUCUGUUGAUUUUACAUAUGCUCAGCUUCCAGUUAUCGAUGCAUCAGAGGCUAUAAUUACAUCUAAUCCUCAUUUGCUCCAAAAACUUGAUUCGCUGAGUUGGAGAAGUUUGUCUGGAGUUCGUGUUAACGAACAAAUCGUCCAGUUAGUACCAAACGCACAGAAGUUUCAAAUUCUGUUGCGGUGCAUCAAGCUAUGGGCUAAGAGGCGAGGAAUUCACUGCCAUUUGCUCGGCUUCUUCGCUGGGAUUCAUUUAGCGAUUCUUGCAGCUUAUGUUUGUCAGAGAUAUCCAUAUGGCACCAUCAAUGGUCUGUUCACCAUAUUCUUUGAUAUAUUUGCUCACUGGAAUUGGCAAAUUCCAGUAAGCUUGCAUGGUCAACCAACUAAUUGCAGGCGUCCUGAUGGGUCUUUCAUGCCCAUACUGUUGCCUUGUACUCCACCGGAGUUUUGCACAUCCAAUAUGACAAAAGGCACCUUCAAGAAAAUUAGAGAAGAGCUUAUGCGUGGUUAUGCUUUGACCAAGGAGCCAUGGAGGCAUGAUUUUGAGUGGGUCUGGCUUUUUGCACCGUUUCCAUAUGCUACAAAAUACGAAGAAUUCCUUCGAAUUGCUCUAUGUGCCCCAACGUCUGAAGAGCUACGCGAUUGGGCUGGUUGGGUGAAGUCCCGCUUCAACCUUAUCCUCAAGCUGGAAAGUAUUGGUGUUGAGUGUGACCCAGAUUCCACAGAGGAAGUUGAUCAUACAGUCUUCGAGCCAAGCAUUGUAUGCCACUGGGGCCUCAUAUAUAAAACAAGCACCCAUAUUGAUAUUAGCUCACUGGGAGAAGAUUUCAUGAAGGAUGUCAUCAAUGAUGUGUAUGGCAAGGUGAAAGGUACACAUUCAAAGCUGACAAUGUCCAUCGUUAGGUCAUCACAGCUUCCGAAAAGCUUGUACAGCCACUCUGUGUACACUCCAUACAUUCCUCAAUAUAUGCUGGGCUACCAGACUCCGACCGACUACAGUGGCGCAGCUGGCUAGGACUUGUGUGGAUCAUCGUUAUCUGGGACUUGUUGUGCGACCAUUGGAUCUUACCUGACGUUUCAUCCAUUGUCGGAUAUCCUGAACUGGGGCUAUUCCUACUCUCUGUUCUGUUGCACCUAUCACACACACUAUCAGAGCAGAUCUGGAGAUCAGAGUCUGCUCCCUUUGAGCUUGCAGUUGCAGUGUAUAUAUACUGAAUUCAUGAGAAGUGUGAAGUUUCCGGCUGCUCGAUCUGACGGCUGCACAAGUGAACAUAUGGUAGCGUGCGGCAGCUAGAAAAAUGCAGCAAAAGCGGUGGCAGUAAAGUGGUCGAGGAUAUUGUACGCUGAACAUCCAAAUGAGUUGCAUUUGGACUGAAAACUGGUGCUGGGGUGCAGGUCAUGAAUCCAAUGGUGAAUGCACAGUGGAUUUUUCAUGGCAGAUCUGAAAUCUGAAGGAUAGUAGAUUUUCAUUAGCAUCAUUUGUGGCUGUGAUACUGCUGAUGUAGGGCCUGUUCACUUUGAUAAAAAAAACCUUACCAAAUUUUGGCAUUACCAAAAUUUUGGGGCCUGUUCACUUUGUUGCUAUUUUCAACCUUACCAAAUUUUGGUAAAGUUGUAAAAAAAAAUGGCUACAUUUAGUUUGCUGCCAAAUUUUUGUAACUAUAUUAGAAAUCCUACCAAAAUUUUGGCAUACCAAAAUUGGUAUCAAAGUGAACAGGCCCUUAGCAACUUGCUAAAAUUUUGGCAGGAUUUCUUAUAUAGUUAUCAAAAUUUGGCAGCAAAAUAAAUGUAGCCACUUUUUUUUGGUAACUUUAUCAAAAUUUGGUAAGGUUGAAAAUGACAUCAAAGUGAACAAGCCCGUAUAAUCAGAAUACAUCUCCUACGUUCAUUUGUAACCUGUAGUUGUAAGGGGGAAAAAGGGUUGUACUACUACUACGAGGCAUCAGAGUUGUCGCUAUUGGUUUGUUUUGCACAAAAAAAACAUUGAUGCUAUUUUUGUUGAGUUAAUCAGUACAUAUAUACUA